CUGCGCACCUGUCGUCGGCCACCCGGGGCGAGGCCGAGGCAGCCCCGGAAUCGCACCCGGGUGCCUCGGGGCGACGCCUGUCCCAGCCUAGAGAUUGCCCUAGAGUGCUCCCUCCGAGAGCCUGGUGCUGACUCUGUCCUCCUACACCCACCUGCCCUCCAGCUUGUGUGUGGAGGAAUCACUUGCUCAGACCUGUUGCGGCUUCUCCCACCCACAUCUUGAAGAACUUAGCCACAACUUCUGAUUUGCUCUCACCUCCCAUCCGAGCUUCGUCGCCCUCUGCCAGACUCCAGAAAGCUGUGGGGAGUAGAAUUGCCUCCCCUGGGAUCACUAAUAAAGGCCUUCAGGGGAGGUCAUGAUUAUUUGGAGUUUUGAAGGCAAGACGACGGAGGGGGGCUUAGGGCGCUCCAGCAAAGAGAAAUUGGGCCAGAGACAUCGUGAAUGGAUUGCUGACUGCAGCCAUAAGCCAGGCACCUGUCAUCCUCAUGUACUGGGCAGCCACUGCCAGGCGCCUCUUAGUGGACACCUGGGACCUGCCUGUGUAUCUGACAAGAGAUGUGGUAUGGCGUGUUCCUGUGGGCACUGGUGUCUUCUGUCUUCUUUCAUGUCCCGGCUGGAUUACUGGCCCUCUUCACCCUCAGACAUCACAAAUAUGGUAGGUUCAUGUCUGUAGGCAUCCUGCUGAUGGGCAUCGUGGGACCAAUUACUGCUGGAAUCUUGACAAGUGCGGCCAUUGCUGGAGUCUACCGAGCAGCCGGGAAGGAGAUGAUCCCCUUUGAAGCCCUCACACUGGGCACCGGGCAGACGUUUUGUGUAGUGGUGGUCUCUUUUUUACGGGUUUUAGCCACUCUAUAGCAUAUGAGUGACAUCACUGUGAUGUCACCCCUGCAUUUUAUAGACUUAUCAAAAGGAAUAGACAGUGUCAUGGUUUCUUCAUUCUUCAAAUGGAAGCGACUUGGAGGCACGAGAAGGUGAGGAACACCACAACCCUGUCUUCCAUGUGACGCUGCAGCAGGCGAAGACCCUUGUGGACCCUUGUGCUCGGCCGAAACACACAUCUUCCACCUAUGCCAACAAUGCCUCGAAGUCUGCAUCCUCCGAGCGAGAAUUUGCAUCAUCAUUCACAACCAUGCGACAUUGCCAUUUCACAGAAGCAAUGGCGAAUGCUGCUUGAUUUCAAGGGAGCAGGCUGCACUGUACUAAAAGCUUUCGUGGUGACAAUAAAGGCAAGUUGGUUUGGGCUGAGUGUCACUCUGAGGACAAGCCGGUGGAAUGUAACAGGAAGAACUGAAGUAUAAUUCAAAGAACAGCUUUGGUUCCACUGUAAAAAGUAGGUGACCACUGAGAAUGAGACAUUUUAUGGGUAACUGUCUUGACCUCUGAUUAUUUGAUAUAUUUUAAGAGAUGUGAAUUUAUCAUUUGAUCAAAGUAAGCUAGCUAAUGGAGGGUUUUUUUGGUGGUUUUGUUUUGUUUUGUUUUUAAGACAUGAGGUUUUGCUUUGUUGCCCAGGCUGGCCCAAACUCCUGGGCUCAAGCAAUCCCCCUGCCUCAGCCUCCUGAGUAGCUGGGAUUAUAGGCAUCAAAAAAAAAAAAGAGCCUAAUGAAGGCUCUUUUUCCAAAGAUUCUCCAUGAACCCUUGCUCAUCACUUUUAACGCCAUCUAUUCUGUUUACCUUCUCUGGAAACACAGACUUUCUUACAUGGCUGGAGCUGAACUUCAAAACCAGAUAGGUUAGGACACUCUUUGGACAUUCAGUCACAGAUAAGACACUUGCAGGAUUCUGUGACAAGUUUUCGUCGUGGUUUUAGUUUCUUGGACAGCUCCACACUUGUCGAGUGCUCCGGUGAGGAGUUAGUGGUGGUUUCCCUCUCACUGUGUUAACUUAGCCACGAUCCUCUGCCCACCCCUGCAGUAUUUGAUCAUCUACUCCCAGAAAGUGCCUAAAACUUCCUCUCCAGAUACAGCCCCUCUGUCCUUUGUAUUUUUGUUGAAGAGAAUUUAUAUCCCUAAAGUGAAAUCGUAGUGUCUUACUUAAUUUUAGCUAUUUUAAUUUUUAACUCUACUGCCUAAUCUUGUUCUUCCCUAAAAAAGCCUGCAGACUGUGACCUUCAGAAGGGAAAGGGGUGCAAAUAUUGAGCACCUUUCAUCAUUUCGACGGUUCUGUACAAAGUGCAGUGUUCUUGUUGUUAACCUGUUUUCAAAGUGGCUUCUGAUAAUUAACUCUGACAUUUUUAAAGGAGAGUUUUCAUUGUGAGAUUAGGGCUCACAACCUAUCAGGACAUAAAUUUAUCUUAAAGCAAUAUGCCCUCAGCUUCUGGUUAAAAAAUAGCCAAGAGGGGCCCAGCAAGAUGGUUCAGCAAGUAAGGCAAGUCUCAGGGCUCACAUGGUGGAAGGAGAGAACCAACUCCUGCGGUUGUCUCUGGCCUCCACCUGCUGCUCACACGGCCAUGUAAAUAAAUAAUUGCCAUUUUAAAAGUUUUAAAUAGCCAAGAGGACCUCUGUGGGAGCACGUGCAGUCAUGUGCACAUACGCCCUGUCACCCACAUGCACGUAGUUUUAAAAUUUGAUAAAAUAGCCAAGAGGAUCAAUUUGCCCAGUAAAUUGCAGGGAUGGUCACAAAAAUAAUGGAUUCUUUCUUUUUUGACACACACACACACUCGUCUGAUGAGUGACUGUAGUGACUGAUGAGAUUUGGUGGGCAGUCAGAGUGCAGAUACUUGGCCCUCCCUAUCCCCAGCAAAAAGAGCAGGUCUUUCUUCCAAAGAAAGAUUUCUAGUUUUGGCCUGAGGGGCUGCGGUUUUGGAAAUCAGCCCUUCAUUUGGAGAAACUUGAAUUUUGUACCCUGCAUCCUGGGAAAUGAUAGUGUUGUCAGUGGAAGGGUGCCUCUUACAAGAGUGCUUACUGAACAUUCUUUGGGAUAUAAUUUUCCACAUAAGCACGGAAGUGAAGAGGUGGUUGGCUGUGCCCCUAAAUAAUAAGGACUUUAUUGGACCCUGAUUCCUGCAUUUAUAUUUCCACUUCUCACCCCCUCUUUCUAAAUUUUGAGAUAGGUAGGCAACCUCCAACCAAAAAGCUGAAUUCUUGAUCCCUUAGUGGAAUUUUGGGGUAACAAUUAAGUUUGUGUGCACAAGUGAAACGACAAUUAUGUGAGCAAGCUGUAUCUCUGGACUGCAUCCUUUGUAUCAAGAUACUAUGUAGAAAAUGCUGGGACUAGUGAGAAGUCCUUCAUGAAAAUAAUGGCGUCCAUCCUGUGUCUUCUGGGUUUUUAAGCUGUAUGUUGGCUUUUGAUUCCAAUGUCCUUUCUGACUUCUCUGGUUUUUAAGUUCUUGUGACACUGCAGGACAUGCCAACCUUCCCUAAGGAACUGUUUCCCAGAAUGUGAAGCCUCUGUGCCAUUAAUGGUCCAUGUGCAGAAGGUUUUGUGAACUUGUAUUUCUUUCUGGUGUACUGCGUAAGGCUGGUUAGGACCAAAAUCAGCUUAACUUUAUAUAUUAGGUAAUUGCACUUAACUGCUAUAGUCAAAAUGAUCAAAUCUUUGUACAUUAGAAAUUUAUUUAAAUAUUAUUUUUCUACUGAUAUUUCUAAUGCUAGUAUAAAUGUUCAUUAUCAAUAAAGAAUCACUUUAAA